CUGGGGAGUAGUCGGUGUUGUCGGUUCCGGGGUCUGGCUGGUUUGAUGAGUUGAUGGAACAAAUGACGAAUAGAUGGGUCCUGUUUACUCAGUGAACUAUGGAAAUGUGUGUUGAUGACUCCAGCCUGGAGCGCUGGGAGGUGAUUGGCUCUGGGGGUUUCGGACAAAUCUACAAAGCCAGGCAUUGUCGGUGGGCCUGUGAUGUGGCCAUUAAACUGCUUCGUCAUGACGACGGGACCAAUGUGUCUUUGCUGCGUGAGAUCGACAUGAUGCGUCAGGCGAGCAGCCCGCAUGUUAUUCGCGUCCGAGGGAUCUUCAAGGGUCGACCGCCCCACUCUGGCCGAUCAAUGCAGCUUGGCGUGGUCAUGGAGCUCAUGGAGAGAGGAUCACUGGCCACCCUACAGGAGGCCUUGAGUGAAACUCCACCACCCUGGCCGCUGGUCUUCAGACUGGCUCACCAAGUGGCUCUGGGUAUAAACUUCCUCCACAGUCUGCCCCAUCCUGUGCUCCACCUGGACCUUAAGCCCCCCAACGUGCUGCUGGACGACUCUCUCAAUGCCAAGCUUACAGAUUUUGGCCUUGCCCGGAUUUCCUGCAGCUUCUCACGGGUUUCCAAGAAGGAUGAUGGAGAGGGAGGGGGGACGGUCAACUACAUGCCACCGGAGGCGUUUGAAUUAUCGUACAAACCCAACCGAGCCUCUGAUAUCUACAGUUAUGGUAUACUCCUAUGGUCCAUUGUCACAGGGAAACAACCAUAUGGAAAUGCGAAGCCUACCAGAGUGCAACUUCUCAUCCCGGAGGGACAGCGUCCACUGCUGGACGAUAUCAGGGGCCAGGCUGCGGGGUUGGCAGAGUUGAUAGGACUGAUGAAGAGAUGCUGGGACAAUAAACCCAAAGAAAGGCCCCCUGCCCUUGAGUGUACAACUGAGACAGAAGAACUGUAUAAGAUGCACAAACAUGCAAUUAAUGACGCUGUCCAUGAAGUGCUGAAGAAACUGGACCAAAAGGAAGAAGCAGAAAUGACAGAGUAUAAAACAAUCGAACCAUUGAGCGCCGCCAGGGGACUAACGAUUUGCCAAUCAGCGUCAUUGGCGGGACUAACACAGAUGUCAAGAUGUUGUCCAACAUUUGUUUACAUAGGUGAGACUCUUGACUCUUCUUCAAAGUGCCAGCGAAAACUCAAAUCCAACCUACAAAAAAGGUUCUACUGCGUGUUUGAGGGGAUUGCUAAAGCAGGAAACUCAACAGUUCUGAAUCAGAUGUACACACGGCUCUACAUCAGAAAGGGAGGGACUACAGAGGUCAAUGAUGAACAUGAGGCCAGACAAAUUGAAACAGCAUCUUGGAAACCAGACAGAACAGAAACAACAAUCAGACAAGAAGACAUCUUUAAAGCCUCAACUGGAAGCGAUGAACCGAUCAGGACAGUAAUGACAACAGGAGUGGCGGGCAUCGGGAAAACAGUCUUAACACAGAAGUUCACUCUGGACUGGGCUGAAGACAAAGCCAAUCAGGACAUCCAGUUCACAUUUCCAUUCACUUUCAAAGAGCUGAAUGUGCUGAAAGAGAAAAAGUACAGCUUGGUGGAACUUGUUCAUCACUUCUUCAGUAUGACAAAAGAAGCAGGAAUCUGCAGCUUUGAAGAGUUCCAGGUUUUGUUCAUCUUUGACGGUCUGGAUGAGUGUAGAUUUCCUCUGGACUUCCUCAACACCGAGAUCCUGACUGAUGUUACAGAGUCCACCUCAGUGGGUGUGCUGCUGACAAACCUCAUCAGAGGGAAGCUGCUUCCAUCUGCUCGCCUCUGGAUAACCACACGACCUGCCGCAGCCAAUCAGAUCCCUCCUGAGUGUGUUGACAUAGUGACCGAGGUCAGAGGGUUCGCUGACCAACAGAAGGAGGAGUACUUCAGGAAGAGAUUCAGAGAUGAGGAGCAGGCCAGCAGAAUUGUCUCCCACAUCAAGACAUCACGAAGCCUCCACAUCAUGUGCCACAUCCCAGUCUUCUGCUGGAUCACUGCUACAGUUCUGGAGGAUGAGUUGAAGACCAGAGAGGAAGGAGAGCUGCCCAAGACCCUGACUGAGAUGUAUAUCCACUUCCUGGUGGUUCAGUCCAAACGGAAGAAGGUCAAGUAUGAUGGAGGAGCUGAGACAGAUCCACACUGGAGUCCAGAGAGCAGGAAGAUGAUUGAGUCUCUGGGAAAACUGGCUUUUGAGCAGCUGCAGAAAGGCAACCUGAUAUUCUAUGAAUCAGACCUGACAGAGUGUAGCAUCGAUAUCAGAGCAGCCUCAGUGUACUCAGGAGUGUUCACACAGAUUUUUAAAGAGGAGAGAGGACUGUACCAGGACAAGGUGUUCACCUUCAUCCAUCUGAGUGUUCAGGAGUUUCUGGCAGCUCUUCAUGUCCAUCUGACAUUCACGAACUCUGGUGUCAAUCUGCUGCUAAAAGCAAAAUGGUGGUCUAAUCCAUUUAAAGACAGAUCUAAACCGACACAUCUCUACCAGAGUGCCGUGGACAUGGCCUUACAGAGUCCAAAUGGACACCUGGACUUGUUCCUCCGCUUCCUCCUGGGUCUUUCACUGGAGACCAAUCAGACUCUCCUACGAGGUCUGAUGACACAGAGAGGAAGUACUUCACAGACAAAUCAGGAAACAGUCCAAUACAUCAAGAAGAAGAUCAAUGAGAAACUAUCUCCAGAGAGAAGCAUCAAUCUGUUUCACUGUCUAAAUGAACUGAAUGAUCAUUCUCUGGUGGAGGAGAUCCAACAGUACCUCAGUUUAGGAAGUCUCUCCACAGAUAAACUUUCUUCUGCUCAGUGGUCAGCUCUGGUCUUCAUCUUACUGUCAUCAGAAAAAGAUUUGGACGUGUUUGACCUGAAUCAAUACUCUGCUUCAGAGGAGGCUCUUCUGAGGCUGCUACCCGUGGUCAAAGCCUCCAACAAAGCUCUGUUAACUAGCUGUAACAUCUCAGAGAGAAGCUGUGAAGCUCUGUCCUCAGUUCUCAGCUCCCAGUCCCCUAGUCUGAGAGAGCUAGACCUUAGUAACAACGACCUGCAGGAUUCGGGAGUGAAGCUGCUGUCUACUGGACUGGAGAAUCAACUCUGUACACUUGAAAAUCUCAGGUUAACUGGCUGUAACCUCUCAGAGUGCAGCUGUGCAGCUCUGUCCUCAGUUCUCAGCACCCAGUCCUCUAGUCUGAGAGCGUUAGACCUGAGUAACAACGACCUGCACGAUUCAGGAGUGAAGCUACUGUCUGCUGGACUUCAUAGUCCAUACUGUACAUUGGAAAAUCUCAGGUUAACUGGCUGUAACCUCUCAGAGUGCAGCUGUGCAGCUCUGUCCUCAGUUCUCAGCACCCAGUCCUCUAGUCUGAGAGCGUUAGACCUGAGUAACAACGACCUGCACGAUUCAGGAGUGAAGCUACUGUCUUCUGGACUUCAGAGUCCAUACUGUACAUUGGAAAAUCUCAGGUUGAGUGGCUGUAAUCUGUCAGAGAGAAGCUGUGAGGUGGACCAUGGUGGAGAGCAAAGGUUAAAACCUGGCCUGAAGAAGUAUUUCUGUGAACUCAUAGUGGACACAAACACAGUGAACAGAAACCUGUCUGAAAACAACAGGAAGGUGACAUAUGUGGAGGAGGAGCAGCCAUAUCCAUUUCAUCCAGAAAGGUGGGAGACAACUACCAGUCCUGUGGUUUAA